AUGGAGUAUGUAAUUUUUGAUGUGGUUUUCUUCAUUCUCCACAUCACUUGUCCACACGUCAUAUACGGAACGUCAGCGCGCGCCGAAACCAUCAGAGGCCGUGGAAUAAUCACAUCGGUCAUAUGCCAAUUGCGCGCCAUCGGGAGCAAUUUAUUCCGGAUCCCCCAAGGCACGUAUAUUUCGCCUCUUUCUGAUAAUGUGAGGAAUAUCGGGGCUGAAAAUGUUCGCCGCUAA